CACAAACGAAGAUGAUAGAUUUGAACCUAUUUUCAUUUUCCAUUCCUGUUUUUUUUUCGUUUUCUAAUGAUUUUGAAAUUAUUGAUAAAUGAUGAAAAAGUCCCUGUAUCAUCCAUCAUCUCAUCGAUAAAUGCCAGCGCUAAAUAAAAAUACCAAUGCUCACAUAUUAUAGGGCUUCAGAACGGUUUAAGUUUGUUGGAAAAUGUGUGAUGAUAUAGCAAAGUAUGAUUUGGAUUUAUCUGAAAACGAACAAUUAUUUAUGGAUAAAGCUUUCACUUAUGCUAAAGAAGCUUUAUCAGCUCAAGAAGUCCCAGUAGGUUGCAUUUUUGUCCACAAUGGAGAAGUAAUAGCUCUAGGUCGUAACACAGUGAAUGAAACAAAAAACGCCACUCGCCAUGCAGAGAUGAAUUGUAUAGAUCAGGUCACCAACUAUUGUACACUUAGAAAUUUGAAUCCAACACAAAUUUUCAAAGAAAUAAUUGUGUAUGUAACUGUAGAACCCUGCAUUAUGUGUGCAGCAGCACUUUAUGACUUGAAAGUUGAAAAAAUCGUGUAUGGAUGUCAGAAUGAUAGAUUUGGGGGUCAGAGUGUGUUUGAUGUUGCUGCAGUGUUGAAGCCUGUAACCCAGCUGAAAGGGGGGUACAGGUCUGAAGAAGCUCUCAGUUUGCUCAAAGAUUUUUACAAGGGGGUUAAUCCAAAUGCACCACCCUCAAAAGCUAAAGUGAAAAAGUGAGCCUAGAAAAAUAUGACAUGGGAUCUGAAGUAUCUUCUCCUUUUAAUUUAAUUAAAAGUACUGUUCUAAUAAUGAUGAAAUGAGUUUUUUAUAUUAUUUAUGAUUUUACACAAACUAGGAAAAAACCUCAUCUUGUGAUGAUUUUAUUGCAGUUGAUGAAAUUUGUAUUUUCAUAUAAUAAAAUGAAAUAACUCUGAA